AUGGAAAUUGCUAGAAGCAAAAGAGGUAUUUAUGUCUCACAAAGAAAAUACACUCUUGAUCUUCUCGAAGAAACUGGAAUGCUUGAUUGUAAGGCUAGCAAAACUCCAAUAGAACUCGGCAACAAAGACAGAAUGCUUAAAGGAGAACCAAUUGACAAAGGAAGAUAUCAACAGCUAGUUGGAAAACUCAUUUAUCUCUCACAUACUAGACCAAACAUUGCUUUUGCAGGAACUCCAGGCAAAGGGUUGAUUUUAAAGAAAACUGUUGAAAGAAAAGUCGAAGUAUUCACUGAUGCAGAUUGGGUCGGAUCGAUUGAUGACAGAAAAUCUACAUUAGGAUAUUGCACUUUACUAUGGGGCAACUUGGUAACAUGA